CCCGACAGAUGGAAAUGCUGUACCCAUUAGAGCCAGAGUUUUGAAGAGACACACAUGCAUAUCUGGUGUCGGCGCACACGCAGCUCUUGUCUGUGUUACAUCGUAACAUUUUAACAGAAACCUCGGGUGUUUUUUGGCUGCAGCUCCUCGUCCGUGCGCAUUUCGCGUGUCACAGAUAGAAACAACCAAAAAAAAUGUCGACUGCCUUUUCUUUCCAGACCCAGCUCGUCUCCAUCAUGGACGCGUUAUCCAAAACAGCUGUGAUGGAAAUAAGCAAACUGGUGGAGAUCGAGUCGAAGAUGCUGAAAAUAGAGAUAACCCGAGGACGCAACGAGAUCGCAUCGCUCACGGAGAAACUGCAUCUGAUGGAGAAAUUGCUUUACAUCGCACAGGGAGGCAGACAGGACGCAGCAGUGUGCUCGAUGGCCAGAGAUGACUCAGGGAACGCAACGGUGGAGACAGUGACAAGACUUGCCAUUAAAAGUGAGAGCUCAUGGGAAAGCAUCAGUUCCUCCACUGAAAUCAACGGUUUGGAGGUUGAAGAGCAAACUGCAGCCGAACUUCCAGACCCAUCGAAGGCGCAGCCUGAGCUCAUAGUGGUAAAAGAAGAACUGUCUGAGGUGGCGAGCAGAGACACUAAACGAGAGAACAGAACAGAAGUGCACACAGUCACAGAGGAGAGUCCAGCUGCUGUUCAGUGUCAUAAAACCAUUGCAGAAUGUCAACAGACCAUGUUCGCUGACAGCUUCGUGACCCUCAGGACCCAGCCGACAGCUGCGGGCCCAGGAAGAAGGGAAACACAGUGGAAUCCACAGCUUACACCUGAACACACCACCCUAGAAGUCGGGAAAAGCCUGGCUCAAAACAUUGCCUCCCAGAGCCAAAGUGUUCUGAGGAAUAUUAAGAUUCACAAUUUUAGAAACUCUGCUACGAAGAGGUUUGGCUGCUUGCAGUGUGGCAAAAGCUUUAGAUGUUUUAGUCAGCUUGAAAUUCACCAGAGAAGUCACACAGGAGAGAAACCAUUCAGGUGCACCCUGUGUGGGAAGAGAUAUGCUCAGAAAGGGCAUUUGUACACGCACCAGCGCACGCACACCGGGGAAAAGCCGUACCGCUGUCCUAUUUGUGGAAAAGGCUUUAUUCAGAAGUGCACUCUUGACAUGCAUCAGCGUACACACACUGGAGAAAAACCCUUUGUUUGCGUCAAAUGUGGCAAGGGUUUCACAAAAAACUGCAAUUUAAAAAAACACCUGGCAGUCCAUCUAGAUCCUAGUUUGAGCCUUUAUGGAAAUGAAUCUAGUACCUCAGCGUUCGGUGGGACUUUUGUAAAUGGAACCACUUAAAGCACCAAGAAGCCAAAAGGCCAGAUUUCUUUGAUGUGUGCAUAAUAAAGCUAUAUUUGCUCUGA